AAAAGGGCGGGGGGCUUGGUGCUGGCGGAUGAGGAGGGCCGCUGCGGAGUCCUGCUGGCACUGCUGUGCAUAGCCCCACCUCUCGCCACUGCAACAGGCCCAGAGGCCCGGACGGCCUGGUCCAGUCUCCGAGGCCGGUUCUCUGGGGGCUGCGCAGCGGUGUGUGGCGCCAGAGGAGGGCCCAAGGCCUUGGCCCGGCUUGGCCGCUGCCUCCCUGGGUAACCGUGGUCUCCCCUUCUGUAGAGUACUGAUAGUGGUGCCUUCGCAGCCUGCUGCCCUGUGAAGGACCCUUGUCUGGUGUAAAGCCCCGGGGGCUUGCUGGGCAAGGACGCCGCUAACCCAAAGCCUUGGCACCGGAGCAGAGGAGAGAUGUGCCCAGGCCGGGAGCGAGCCCCCAGGGCAGUGACAGGCAGCGGAGUGUAAACACCGUUACAACGGUGUGCUCUACCAUGCCCUUUCUCAGAAAGAGGCAAAAGAACUUGAUGUUCAGCAGACGAGUUCAGCUCCAUCAAGGUCUGUUCCCAUAAGCUGGCCUCUUUUCGCAUCGUGCCAAAGUCAUGCGGGGUUCACUGGGACUUCCUGACCUCAUGUCAUUGCUCACUAAGUAGGGGACGCCAGGCUCUGCCCCCCUGAAACCUGCCCCGCCUCCGGGGGCCCAGCGGGCAGAGGCCUUCGUGGGGGCGUUCCUGAAACGCAGCACGCUGCGCAUGAGCCAGCAGGCCAUCGAGGACCGGCUGCGGCGCAAGGCCGUGGUUCUGGAGUACUUCACGCGCCGGAAGCAAAAGGAGAAGAAGACAAGAUGCAGAGGCCUGUCUGCCCGGCAGAGGAGGGGGCUGCGGCUCUUCGACAUCAGACCAGAGCAGCAGAGGUACAAGCUCUUUCUCCCUCUGCAUGAGCUCUGGAAGCAGUACAUCCGGGACCUGUGCAACGGUCUCAAGCCAGACACGCAGCCACAGAUGAUCCAGGCCAAGCUGUUAAAGGCAGAUCUUCACGGCGCUAUUGUCUCAGUCACCAAAUCCAAAUGUCCCUCCUAUGUGGGUGUCACAGGGAUCCUUCUGCAAGAAACAAAGCACGUUUUCAAAAUUAUCACCAAGGAAGACCGCCUGAAAGUUAUCCCCAAGCUGAACUGUGUGUUCAGUGUGGAAACCGACGGCUUUAUUUCCUACAUUUAUGGGAGCAAAUUCCAGCUUCGGUCAAGUGAGAGGUCUGCAAAGAAGUUCAAAGCGAAGGGGACCACUGACCUGUGAGCUGAUGCUGCCUCAGGCCGCCACUCAGGACAGCGGGCGUGGAGACACCCCCCCACCCCCCACCCCCCUCUCAUGGAAGAGAGGGCCAAGCCCGUUCUGUCCAGCCAGUUAAAGCCAGAGUUAAAGCAUUUAAUCAUCGGGGAGGAAACACCCUGUGUCGAGCAGAGAAGUUGGGGUGCAGGGUGGGGGAUGGAUCGUUAUGGGGGUCCUUAGUUUUUAUCACUCCCGUGGAGAGGAGAGACUGGCAGAAAACCCCAGACAAGCACUGCUUGACUUGAAUGGUGGGGUAUUGGAUUGUUUCUUCUUUUUCUGUUUUCUGAGUGUUCUAUGGUGAGUCUGUUGUUUACGUGAUAAUAAAAUGCGUGUGUAGACUUGG